AUGACAGAGGAAGAAGAAAACCUCUAUUGGGUAGAGCAGGAAGAACUAGCCGAGAAUCAGGCUCGGAUCCACCGCAGCCAACGCCAACAGGCUCGCAAGGCUGCUAGAAAUCCUGAUGAGAUCCAUGAUCUCCGCGAGUACAUCGUAAAAACUGCGGCAGAAGUCAAGGCGGUAAAGUCGCAGAUUCACUACGCGACAAGCGCUGCACCCGAGAUCGACAGACUUCUUGAGGAAUUGCGGAAAACUCCAUUCACUGCCCAGAUCACGGAAACUAACAUCUCAGAUCCUGGAAAGAUCAAAAUUCCCGUCUACGAUGGCACCACCGACCCGAAGGCGCAUCUGCAGUCUUUCCAAAUCGCAAUGGGAAGGGAAACGUCAGACGUCGACCUUUGGAGUCUAUCUCAAAGAGAAGACGAAUCACUCCGCGAAUUCAUGAACAAGUUCAAGCUGGUAAUGGCAAGAGUCACUGGAAUCAGCGACAAAGUGGCAGUCGACGCUUUGCGGAAAACUCUCUGGUACAGGUCAAAACUCUGGCAAUGGAUAUCCCUUGAAAAACCGAGAACAAUCCAGGACGAUCUUCACAAGGCAACAGACUUCAUCAUAAUGGCAGAAGAGAUGAAAGUCCUCUCCCAGAAGUACAACCCGCAGAAGACGUCCGCGAGAAGGAAAAACCCUCAUAACGACAGGUAUGUCCACCAUGAGGGAGAAGAUUACCAGGGCGAGCAUAAUUACGCUAUCAACUCCGAACAGGGAAAGACUUCCAGAAAUACCUGGACCAGGAAUCAGUUCAAGGAUAAUUCCUACUGCGAGUUCCACAAGACCAGAGGUCAUUCCACUAUGAACUGCAAGGUUCUCGGCGCAAGGCUUGCUGCGAAGUUCCUCGCCGGCGAAACUUCAAAGGUCACAGGCAUAAAAGACCUCCUUCUGGAUUCCGAUCGCCCUCCCAAAAAUGAUAAAGAGUCCCCCGAAAAUGACACCCACGAAAAUCAGUCGGGGGAGAAACGCGGAAGGAGGCAGGAUGACCGAGGAAACGACAGAACCCGUCGAAGGGUGAGCAUGAUCAUCGGGGGAUCGCGAUUCGAUCUCAUCGAUCAAAGCUUAUGGACGGAAGGCUGA